AUGCAGUUCCUCCGGCGCAUCGGAGAUCUGUUGGAUGAGGAGCCUGCGACUACACCUGGGACUAUGCCUGCGACACCGUCGGAGACUCCCAUGCAAACCUUGGAGGAGAUGAUUUCUCUUCCAGAAGAAGAUGCAGAAAAGGAGGCCCGCGCUGCUGCAGAGCUUUUGCAGCAAGCCGCCCAAGCCUCUGAGGCGCUGGCACAGCAGCUGCCCGAGGCACUCAAGCGGGCACGGAAGGCUGAGAUGGAGGCCCAGAAACUGCGGGAAUCUCUGGCCGAAGCGGAGGCGAAAAUCGCUGGCUUACAGGCACAGCAGCUGCGGCUUGCGGAUGGUUUGCUGGGCGAAAUUCGCCAACGGGAUGCGGAGCUGGCGCUGUUGCGCAUGGCCAGUGCGGCUGCAAACCCUGAAGAGGAAGCCCGAGAACGGGAGCUUGAGCAGGAAGUUGUGACCCUCAAUGAGGGCCAAGUUGACUUCAACAGGAGUGGUGCCACCAAAGUAGUGGUGUUCUCCGCUGCUGAACUGCUGCCGAACGACGAGGUCAUCUCAGUGAAUGGCUUGUCUGCCAAGAACAUGACUUGGGAGGAGUUCGACGCUGCUCUGGGGAAUUGCCCGGUGGUCUUGACUGUGCAGCGGGAGCGUCGUCAAGGUGGCCUUGCCGCCCGAGUGCGCUCUCUUUCUGUUUGGACCAGGGACAAGGCUAAGGCUGCUGCGCGUGAACUGGAGCAGGCCAUGGCCGAGAUCCAGGAGGAUGGUCUGUCCAGUGCCGAUCAGCCGAGCCUGGCUGGAGAGGAUUCAACUCGAAGCGAUCCAGAGCCGCUUUGGACACAGAACCGCUGUGAGACUGAGACCGAUGAAGCAGAUGCAGAGGCGCGGAACCGGCCCUUUUACGAGUUGGUCCGUGGCUCCAUGGCGGAGGCGAUCGAAACGAAUGGCCCGGACACUUUUGAGCGGUGGCUCCGGCAGUUCCACAGUGAGCGGGACGAUGAGUGGUUUGCCAACAACCGUACCCGAGUCUACAAUGCUUUCCGCCCGCACUGGGAUGAAGUCGUUGCGAAAGGUGCCACAGACAAGUGA